AUGACUGCCGAGAGCCAGCGGCCACCUUCCGAGGAGUCGUGCUGUGUGUGGACUAGGAACCAGGUGGAAGUGAAGGUGGAGAAGGAGCCGGUGGCGCAAAGCCAUGCAGAGAUUCGGCACGGAAGGAGGCGCAAGCGGCCUCCCCAGCGGGACAAACCUCCUUACAGCUACAUCGCCCUUAUCGCCAUGGCGAUCGCCAGUUCCCUGGACAGAAAGCUCACCUUGGGUGGAAUCUACAGGUUCAUCACAGAACGAUUCCCCUUCUACCGGGAAAACUCCAAGAAAUGGCAGAACUCCAUCAGGCACAACCUUACCCUCAAUGACUGUUUUGUCAAGGUUCCCCGUGAGCCAGGACGACCUGGGAAGGGAAACUAUUGGACACUCGACCCAGCUGCCGAUGACAUGUUCGAGAGUGGCAGCUUCUUACGAAGGCGCAAGAGAUUCAAGAGGUCGGAUAUCUCCACUUACUCUGCCUUCAUACAAGAAUCGAACGCCUUCAGUCCGGUACAAGCAAGCAAACCAUACUCAAGACCGCUAUAUGCCAACAUGGGUAUCAGCUCCAACUAUUCCCCGGCCCUCCCGACAUACCCUACUGCCCAUUAUCCGUCCUCACCCUCCGCCUUCAGCAAUAGCCAGCCACGGAUAUACAGUCUCAGCAACAUGACGGAGCACCACGGUCCUGGGACAGAGCUGGCCCACCGCACCGCCAGUCCGUUUCUUUCGGAGUUGGGUCCUAGUUAUACCAAUAUUGGAAUGAGUUCCUACCAUCCUCAGACCUGCAACGGGCCCAUGCUUCCCAGAAAUUCUAGCGGCGAUUCCUACCCUUACACCAGGUCCAACUCACAUCUCCAAAUGGAUCAGUCUGCUUGUUGUCUCGCCAAUAGCCAAGCGUAUGACACCUCUGGCCGCUUCCCUAUCCCUACCUCCUCGGUAAGUAAUGAGCCAAUGGGCCCCUUUGGAAUAAUUUCUUCUGGACAGUUCACAUCACUCCGACACUAUAACAGCAGCGGACAGAUCAAUUGUCCCAGCACUUACUUUAAUCAUCAGUCUUGCUAUACAAAAGUCGACGGGCUCCGACCUUCCGCUGAAAGCUAUAACAAACUUUAG